CGUUGUCAGGUCACCGGGCGAUAACGAAUGUCCUAUUAAUUCCGCGUAUAAAAUCGCGAUCGAUCACCGGGUGUACAGAUCGCUUCGCGAAUUCAACCGAUCAACAUGCGGACGACGUUGAUUUUUCUCUUCGUUGGGCAAGCUUGUCUGCUGAACGCGGACCCGCUACCAAAAGCCGAGGAACCUCGCAACGCUUUUUCGUGGUUGCGACACGAAGUCGUCGAAAGGGACACUAGCGAGGAUUCGCUGUGGCUGAGACAGUGGCUGGUAAACGAGCCGGACGCGGCUACCGCGUGGAUCAGAAAGACUCUGAACAACACUCAAAACGCCCUGAGGAUAUGCAAAACUUGGUUCGCUAACAACAGCGAAAUUCUCGACUCGCUGAUCGGAGAAACGGCGAUCGAAUCGUGGUACGUCGAUCAAGCCCUCGACGAAAAUCAGGACGCCGCGACUUGGGAGAGUUUGAAAGCGGGCAGAAACGACACCGAGUUCGCUAUAAAAGAACUGAGGGAAACAUUGACGAACGAAAGCGCUUUGUUCGUAGAAGCGAUCAACGAAUGGCCGGCUGAGGAAGACAACGACGGAGCUCCGAAAUUUUUACUUCUUCUGAUGGCGGCGAUAGCGAGCGGCGACGAGGAUGACUCCACCUCCGACGACGACGAAGGUGAAUCUCUGUGGAAGAAACUCUCCCAAGCCGAUUCUAACGAACCGCGUAACGCUCUCACGUGGGUGAAACGUGUGGUUCUGUCCGGUACCGGUGACGAAACGGCCUGGCUGAGGGACGCGUUGGUGAAAGAUCCCGAGGGAGCCACCGGAUGGAUAAAACAAGCGCUUCGUAACACCAAGGAGUGCAUGGCUGCGAUAAAAUUGGCGCUCAAGAACGAGACUCAAGCGAUCAAUGUGGUGGAAAGUGAGACUCGAAGCGGACUGUGGUACGUCGAUCAGGCGCUCGACGAACACCAAGACGCCGAAACUUGGGAUAAACUGAAAUCGGAAAGAAACGAUACGGAAACGGCAGCGCGUUGGAUAAGGGGCAAUUUGGCCAACAGUACUCAAGAGGUUCUGUCGUGGUUGAAAGAAGUUCUAUCGAACGAAAACGAGGAGGCCAGAUUCGUACUGUCUUUCCUUUUCGUCUCACCUGAAACGGACGAUAACUCGUCACUUUCGCUAUCGGUUGAAGAGGACGACGAAGAUUUCUGGUCGAAACUCCUCGAAGCCAAGACCAGCAAGAAUACGGUAGCAUAGGCGAUCUGCGCAUUUUUUUUUCAACUACAUUCCUCCACGAAUUUUAGAAAAGUAAAAACGUUGUGAUAAAAAAAAAGAUUGCUUUGCGCUAAAUGUACAAGUUCGAAUUGGAUGAAAAAUAAAGAAAAAUUUCAAAGUA